AUGACAGACAAUCAAGAUACACCAAUGGCAAAUAAUGAAUCUGAUAAAAUUCCGAAUGAACUUUCGGAGAGUCAGGCACUUCAAAGGUGUUCCAUUGGUGAGAGCUCACCUCCACCACCAAGCACACCGGCGGCAGAAGUCGACACUCAGGAAAUUAUCAUCGUGAAUGAAUACACCGAAGAACUCGAUCUUAAUCACGGAAGGAUUGGGAAGAUUGAAAACCUAGAACCCUUGAAGAAUUUGGAAAGGUUGUAUUUAAGAUGGAAUUUAAUAAAGAAAAUUGAAGGUUUAGACACAUUAUCUACUUUAGUAGAACUUGAGUUGUAUGACAAUCAAAUUGUAGUCAUAGAGAAUUUAGACAAACUUGUUAAUUUGGAAAUUUUGGAUCUAUCCUUUAAUAGGAUCAAAGAAAUAACAGGCUUAGAGAAAGUGCUUAACCUAAAAAAGUUAUUCUUGAGUUCAAACAAAAUAAAUGAAAUAAAAAAUAUUAACCAUCUGCCAAAGCUGGAACUACUUGAAUUAGGUGAUAAUCGAAUUCGGGAAAUAAAAAAUCUUGAUGGUUUAAAAACGCUAAAGCAACUGUACUUGGGUAAAAAUAAAAUUAAUAAAAUACAAAAUCUAGAAGACCUUACCAACCUAGAGAUAUUAGUUCUACAGAGUAAUAGAAUCACUAAGAUUGAAAACCUUGAGAACUUGACAGAACUAGAACAGCUGUACAUGUCGGAGAAUGGUAUUAGUGUGAUGGAGAACUUAUGUAACCAAGUUAAGGUUGAGACUCUAGACUUGGCUAUGAACAGGAUCAAAGUUAUAGAAAAUAUACAGCACAUGAGUGAUUUGGAGGAGUUAUGGCUCAAUGAUAAUCAAAUAAGUGACUGGACAUCUGUGGAGUACUUGCAACAGAACAAGAAAUUAGCAACAAUAUAUUUAGAACGGAAUCCUCUUGCAUCUGAUCCAGCCUACAGGAGGAAAUUGAAGCUCACUUUACCGUCACUGCAACAGAUUGAUGCCACACUGUUCAAGGAAUCUCACGAACGUCUCUUCAAGAGCGAAGCCUUCGACCGCGAGACGGUUCGCCGGGGUCCAAUUGCCCCUCUUCUUAGUAAAGUCAACUUUGAUGUG